AUGGAAAGGAAAUAUUAUCGUCAUAAUUGGAAAAUUCAACGCUUCUUCCCCUCAGAAAUUUGCGAGGAUGAUAAAGGAUCAGAAUUUAAUUUCCUUUCACUACACUCACAAACAUUACCUUUUCAGAACCAAGUGAUAAAAACUUCUGAGACUGCUACUCAUCAUGCACGUUAUAUUUAUAACGAAGAAAACUUCACAAAAAGCUUUCAUGUAAAAAGCUUUUCGAUGUAG